GCUCACCGACCAAAUCCGCGUCAAUUUUAAUGACCAGAACUGGCUGAGACUAUCCGUCCGGGAAGUGGAGCAAGUGCUGGGCAACAGCAACAUGGAUGUUGAUAUUCGACAGCGCCAUGGCAUCCGAGAUGACAACGAGUUUCAGAACGUUGUUGACCUUUUAGUUACUCAAGAUUUGAACCUAUCUCCGAGGAGCGACUGUUGUGAAGUCUCAAGAAAACCGUAUUUCUUUCCCGAGGAAGCCGCUUGUACGUCCGUCCAGUACCAUCCAUCACCGACUGAAUCGCUACCAAGCAGCUCGGAUACACUUUCGAUUGUUCCGGUUAACAGCCACCAGAUGCCGACUAGUCCAGUUUACCAGUCAUCCGGAAAUCAGAUGGAAGCCGGAUGCAGCGCUUCUCAUUAUCCAGGCCCAAACUUGAUGGAUUUUAAUCAAUCGGAAGAGUCUUUCAAUUCGUUAGUGACGGACCUCGACACGGUUGAGAAACAAAUGGCCAGCCUGUUGAACACUUACGAGGCAAUUUCCUCAGUUAGAGUGUGACGAGAAUUUCACCCAGCCCGAACUGACAUUCCAAAAUGAUUUUGUCGAUGACUCGCUGGAUAUUUUUCCGUUGCGGCCAAAAACUCCACCGCCUUCAGAAAGCGUCGAAUGUUCCUUGACUUCCGAAUUGAACCUUGACGUCAAUCUAACAAGCUGUAAGAUGUAUUCCUUAUAGGGAGACGUUGAACUUUUGACUUACAGACUCGAUCAGAACGACGUAUGAGGCCAAUCCAAACAAAG